GUCUCAGGACCCACCACAAAAGAAUUGGCAGGAAGCGUGAGGUCCGACUGGAGCUGCUGUUAGGGGCUAGCAGAGACAAGUGAUCAGCAUGGCACUAAACGGAGAUGACGACUACGACUGGGAGCCGCCGACGGAGGCCGAGAUGAAGGUGCUCGAGGCGCAGCGCGAACGGCAGGACAAGAUCAGCAAGUUGAUGGGCGGCUAUCUGCUCAAGGGCUACAAGAUGCUGAGCGACUGCUGUCAGCAGUGCGCGACAAUUCUCCUGGAGGACCGACAGAAAAACCUCUACUGCGUGGCCUGCCAGGAACUGGACUCAGACGUGGAUAAAGACAACCCAGCCCUGAACGCACAGGCGGCCCUCUCCCAGGUGCGUGAGCGUCAGUUGGCGAGCCAGCCGUGUCUGCAGUCCAACGGGAAGCGGCCCUGCCCCUCCAGCGGCACCACGCGGCCCAUCCGCACGCUGCCCAGACCGGAGCACUGCGAGGGGGCUGCGUCCGGACUCAGAGUCCCAGCGGGAGCCACCGCCGGCUGGCCAUCCACCACCACCACCCCCCCUGCCCCUGCCCCUGCCCCUGCCCUCGCCCCUGCCCUUCCCCACCCCGCUGCCGCCCCUGCCCCUGCCCCUGAGCACGUGUUCCCACAGAUGAAUCUGUACCCCAGUGACCGUGAGUAA